AUGACAGAGCAAAAGGGCGAUGAGAAGACAACCGUCAAAGCGAACAAGCAAGAUGAUGUGAUGUCUCAAUUCUCCCCGCGUCGUCCCGUUGACAUUCCUCGGGGCAGGAAGAGAAACGAAGUUCGCGUCACCAGCGCAGGGCUCAAACGAGAUCCGGGCGUCUCGCGGGGGCCCCAAGGUGGGUUGCAAUUCGUCACAGCCGGGGAUCCCUGA